GCCCGGGCAGUGUGCGUCUGAAGGUGGGACCGGGUGGACGUGUGUAGAGAGAGCCCCGUACCGCGCCGCACGAGGUGAUUGGGCCGGACAGCCUGAGUGACCUGUGACCGAACUCGAGUGCACUGCCGCAUAGGCCGCACCUGCGCCUCUGCACUGCCACAACCGCGAUACGGACUCGGCCGCCGGAAGACUUGUGUUAGUUCAUCUCCACCGUUUUCUCUCCUGCGGACUUGUCACUCGCGCGGGCCUGUGAUGCGCCUGCUCUGAGUGCGCUGUCAUCAGCUCAGGUCAGGUCAGGUCACCUCCCCACGGACACGAUGCGCGCGGUUCUCUGGGCUCUGAGCUGCGCGGCGCUGCUGCUGAGCGCCGGCAGCUCUCGGGUGGAGCUGGUCGACAACGGCUACCGCGGACUGGUGGUGGGCAUCGACGACCGGGUCAGCGUGCAGGAGUGUCAGGACGUCCUCAGCAGCGUGAAGGCGCUGAUCACCAAUGCCUCUUCGUACCUGUACACGGCUACCAAUCGACGCGCCUAUUUUGGCGACGUGACGGUGGUGGUGCCGAACUCAUGGCCCCGCAGCUGCACGGGCGGCGCCACGCCCGGCCAGGCCACCACCCAGAGCUACCUGACGUCGGACGUAAGGGUCAGCUCUGCCCACCCGGUGUACGGCGCGGCGCCGUGGACGCACCAGGCCGGUCUCUGCGGACAGCCGGGCGCCUUCGUCCAGUUCGCCGCCGACUACGUCACCGAUGACCAGCCCAGCGAGGACCGAGCUCGCGUGCUGGUGCACGAGUGGACCAAGUACCGCUGGGGCGUAUUCGAGGAGGCCGGCUACGCCGAGGACCCACUGUACCCGUCCUUCUACCAGCAGUCGGCCGGCCAGUGGGCGCCCACCGGCUGCGCCGACGCCACCGUCGCCGGCACCAUCACACCGCCCGGAUGCGAGCCCAGCUCCAACAAGUGCACCUUCGUGCCGCUGACAAACUCGAGCGACUCGACCGGCGAGUCUGCGCUGCACUCGUCCGCCCAGGCGAAGCCGUUCUGCGAUUCCGACAGUCACGACGGGGCGGCUCCGACCAAGCACAACUUGUUGUGCGGCGAAAGGUCCGUCUGGGAAGUGAUGCAGAGCCACGACGACUUCCGCGGUGGCAUCAACCCGCCCAGGAUCGAGUCCAGCCCGCCGCCGGUCGACUUCAGCGUGGUCAAGGCUGCCCCGGAUCGCUUCUUCUUUCUUCUCGAGAGCUCGGCCACGAUGCGCCAGCAGGAACGCUGGGACUUUGUCAGCAGCUCCAUCCGCAAGUUCGUCAACUGGGACGCUCCGACGGGCAUCCAGGUCGGAAUCGGCCACUUCGGCUCCUCCUACACGACCGACCGCAACCUGACCACGGUGCCCGACCUGCUUAUGGGCCGCGGCGAGCUGGCCAACCUGCCGCCCAUCGCCGACGAUGUCAUGGAGGACAACAAGAGCUGGAGGGCGGCCGUGGACGGCGCGCUGCAGUCCCUCGGAGACCGGGCGCCCGGCUCCACACUGAUCUGGGUGACGGGCAACCAGCAGAACAGUCGUAACCAGCCCAGCGACGCCGACAUCGACUACAUGACCGUCAGGCUGCAGGAAAACAGGGUGCGGCUAGUGAUGGUGUUCUACCCCAACGAGACCCCGGGUUUGUCACGCGUUGCCACGGCGACCGGUGGCGACGUGAUCCUGGUGGAGGACUCGUGGCUGGGCGACCAGACCUCUAUCAGCGUGUUCCACGCGCUGGCUGACGCCUACGUGCACGCGCUGGACAAGUACAUCUCGGACAAGCGGCGGCUGAUGGUGCGCGUGGAGGACCAGCAGUUCGUCGGUAACGGCCAAAAGGUGCGCGGCAGAUUCCUGAUCGAUACGACGCUGGGCGUCAACACCACGCUGACGGUGCUGUACAACACGCGCAGCGAGAUCGGCCACGUGAAGCUGCGGCGGCCCGGCGGCGAGCUGCGGUCCGUCUACAUGUACCCGGACACCACCAACCACCUGCAGUACAUCCGCAUCGACCCUGUGCAAGGAGAAUGGGAGUACGUGAUCGACAACCUGGCUCCGUCGCACAGCAGCAUCGUCGUGCAGGUCAUGUCCUCGCCGUCCUCCUCGGAGGACACGGUGCGGACAGAGGUGUGGACCAGCGCCGACGCCACGGGCACCCUGAACGCCACCGGCGCGCCACUCAUCGUCUACGCCUCGGUGAUGCAGGGCAGCGCGCCGGUCAUCAACGCUCAGGUGGAGGCGGUGGUGACCGGACCGGACGGCCGCGAGGCCACGAUCCAGCUGCUCGACAACGGCCUCGCAGUUCCGGACAUCCUGUACGGCGACGGCAUCUACUCGCGCUACUUCGCCGAGUUCGGCGCGCUGUCGGACGCCGGUCAGCUCUUCACCGUGCGGGUCGAGGUGGGCGGCGCGCGCGCGCGGGUCGUCACCGGCCGUGACCCGGCGGCGGGGCCCUGCUGCGGUUCCACGGUUGGCCCCAUCACCUCUGUGCCGAUGUUUGACCUGCGACGCACCGCCUCCGGCGGUAGCCUCCUGGUCACUGGAGACGCCGACCCAACGGCCGACCGGUACCCGCCCAACCGGGUCACCGACCUCCGCGCAGAGACCAACGCUGACGAGCAGACGAUCGCUUUCAGCUGGUCGGCGCCCGGCAACGACUUCGACAAACCAGAGACCAGAGUUGCCCACUACGAGGUGCGUUUCUCGGAGAGCCGGGACCAGCUGCGAGACCACUUCUCUGAGUGUGAGACCGUCUCCGAGUGGAGCCAGCCUGAACCGGCCGGUACCCCCAGCCUCGCCGUCAUCGACUUCCACGCCGUCAACACCAUGUUCUUCUUCGCUAUCCGUGGCGUCGACGAGGCCGGGAACGCAGCCGAGCUUUCCAACAUCGUGUCGCUGGUGAUGCCGCCGCCGCCGCCGACAUCGACCACGCCUGCUCCGACCGGCGGCACUGCCGCCCCCGUGCAGCCCACGCCGGCCGCCUUCGACAACCAGCUGCUGCUGAUCGUGCUGCUCUGCGUGGCAGGAGUGAUGAUGCUCAUCAUCCUGAUGGCGCUCUACUACUUCCUCUGCCACCGACGCAGGAAGCCCGACCCGGGCACCGGAGCCAAACAGCACAUCACGACCGUCACCGUACCAACUGUGGAGAGCCGCGAGCCCACGCCCGUCAAGAUCGCCUACGACCUGGAGAAGGAGGAUCACGGCCGCAGCCUGUCCUCGGAGGGUCCCACGCCCGUCAUGUGGACCGCCUCCAACAUCCUCAACACCUCGGAGCGGCCGUACACGCCAUCAGAGUCGCGCAACUACGGCCACUACAGCGCCAACCUCCAUCUGGGCUCGGCGGCCGGCCGGGCGCGCUACAACAGCUACCAGACGCCCUACGUCGAGGACAUGACCUACGACGGCCGCUCGCUGGUCAGCACCCAGCCGUCCGACUCGUUCCUCUCGCUGACGUCCGACCCGCGGCAGCGCAACAACAACACGCUCUCGGAGGGCGGCGAGCCGGCCGGCUGGCCCAGCGACAAGGACUCGCUGGUGGCGGCGCAGCAGCGCGGCCGGCCGGGAGGCCGAGCGCCGCCGCCCACCCUGCCCAAGCCGCGCCUCGACGAGGCUCCGCACGGCUCUCGAGCGUCCAUCGCCGGCGACAGGAAGCGGCGGAACGUGACGCAGGUGUAGGGCGGCGCGGCGCGGCCGGGCGCCCAUCCAACUGUGAUCCAGAGACGUGGCGGUAGGCUCCGCGACACUGUGCUGUGUGUACAUAUUUAUCGCGCGUAUGGACGCUGCUCGCAGACCGGUGAGAGAGAGAGAGAGGCACACAGACUGAGACAUUGACUGGCAGUGUGGAGAGCUGCCCACCAGACUGCACACGUGGUCUGCUGUUUUGUUUGCACACAGAUCGCUGGUGAACGCUGCGACCGUUGAAGCUUCACGUGAUGGCUGAAUUUUAUCGUCUGCAUCGUCUUUGUUACGCGCCUGAGUUUCGCUUUGUUGCCUAUGUAUGUCACCGAUCACCGAUGUAUCGACGGGAUCGACCUAUGAUCGUGGAACGCAGCGAUCUCUCCGACAACUCAUUUUGCUUGCACAUUAUCACUGGUAGGAACGGUACUUGUGACGUGUACAUAUUCAUAUCAUCAGCUAGGAUAAUGGGUGUGAGCGCGUGUGCUGACUAGUCAAUGUGUUCUGACUAAUACAUGUGACAUCAAUAAAA